CCGUCAGACGAUAAAUAACUCUAGAGCAUUUAGAAUCCCAAAAGAGAAGAAAAAGAAGAAGAUUCAAGGAUGGGAUAUGUUACUCUCGAUCAUAUUGGAUAUCAAGUAACAGUUGGUCAGAGAAUGGCCUUUAGGGUGAGAUAUAACAGGAGAGGAAAUGGAAAACCGGGCGGAAUGGCCAUAAAUUUUAGACAGCAGAUGGGUGCAGGGAACGAUAUCAUUCUGCAUUUCAACCCAAGACAUCCAUCAUAUACUAUAGUUCUGAAUUCGUUUGUAAAUCAAAAUUGGCAACAAGAAGUUGUCACUGAUGCAGAAGAAGCAGUAUUUUCGGAGGAGUUUACGUUGUCAUUGGACAUCAUAGAUGAAAGAAAUGUCUUGGUCAGAGUCAAUGGCGGAAUAUUGACCACUUAUACCUGCCCGAUUGAUAUUUGCAAUACAAAUUUCAUAGAGUUCUCUCCUGAAUACAGACUUAUUGAAGAGACAAUUGAAAAUUCACAAAUUUGCAGUUCAUAAGAAAGUGAAAGAUGGAAACUAAAACAAACAAGUCUUUAUGUAAAUUGUGUAAUCACUUCCAUACAUGUACCAUGUAUCUUCAGUUUCUGAAAAAAUGAAUUAUCUGCAAAUAAUUUUUUGUUUAAAAAAUCUUAUUUGUUUAUAGCGAAAUAAAAAAAAAGUCAAAUGUCUAAUAACUUUGGUUCAAAUUAUGAACUGGAAAAAAGAAUUUUGCUUGGUUUGGUUGAUAAACACAAGCUGAUGAGGUUCAUUGUUUCCAAAAACGAAAUUCCCUUAAUCUAUUUUUAGAAAUAAAGAAUACUUCUGAUUAUUUUUAUGUUAAUAUUAAGAUAGAAUGGCCCGGGUCUAUGUUCUUUCUAAACUUCAAACAAAAAAAUAUAUAAUAAAACAUAUUGUAAAAAGACGUAUUUACACUAGAUACCUAUUAGCAUUUAGACAUAAUUUACCCUUUCGUCUGUAUAAAUGGUUGUAGAAAAUACACCUAAAUAUUACAUUGCUACGUUAAAAUAGUUUUAAAGAUUUUUUUUUAAUAAAGAUUAAUAAGAAUAGCACAGAAUAAAAAAUAAACAUAUCAAACGCAAUUUAUAAAGACGAAAAGGUAAAUUUAACUAUUGGUGUGUUUACUACUUUUAUUCUUAACAUGCUUUAUGCACACAUUUUUUUUAUUCCACGCAAUUCCAAAUACAAACAUGCACAUGCGAUAUUUUUGCAAUUCAUUCAAUUUUGUCGGCUACAUCUUUAAAAUUAAAGACAGUAAAUGAUGCUUUAUUGUACUUCAAAUGCUUUGUGGAGAUCAUUGCGUUUUGAUGUGUUUUUUAAUUGAUAAUCUUUCGCAUUGAUGUGAGACUUCAAAAGAAAUUUCUAAAAAAAAAAAGUUCUUAAAGCCUGAAUUUUUAUCUUUCUAAUGUAUAUUUGUAACAUUUUUUAAAUAACACUAUUGUUCAAAAACUUGCAACCAUAAAAAUUAUUUAUCAACAUCAUUUACCGAUAUUUAAUUUUAAAUGCUUUUCUAUUUUUUGUUAGUUUCUAUAUUUUUGAUAGUGGAUGAACUCUCGAUACUGAAGGAAACUUUCCUGCGUAAUACCAGUACUUACAUUGUACUACAUUGUACAUCAAGGUUUUAAAAAUCCCAGCACUGUUUACAUAAUAUGUAUAACACUUGUGUAAUCCCUCUUACUUUUUAUUUUGACAUACACAAAGUAUAAAGUUUUAGUUUGUAGCGAUUAAGGGAUAAAAUCUGGCUCCUUUUGUUUGAGCACCGACUGAAAUAAAAAAAAAAUCAAAAUAUACUUGAAAUUGGUGUGAUAAUGAAUUACUUAUCGGAAUUGCAAGAUUUUUAUUCGAACACAGGUAAAUAUCACUUAAUUCUUAAAAUCCUGUUUCGUUAGCAAGACUAUAUAAAAGGUGAAUGAUGGUUUAAGUACCAGUUUAGGACGAUAUGUAGAGCACGAUGAAAGUUUAAAUUUUAUAUUUAUUUAUUCCUUCCAACAUCACGAUUUACAUGUUUAUAAGAAUUGAUUUUCAUAUUAUGUAUGUAACAUGUACAUUGUACAAUAAAGCUUCUAUGUAGCGUUGAUAUGUCGAAA